CACAAUAUGAUCCUAUAGGAGAGAGAAAAGGAGCAUUCUGCAUGAAGAGUACUUUCACUCUUCAUGUGUCUCCCUCUGUCUUUACUUCAGAGAUCAUGUGACUGCAGACUCAGUCCUGCUGUGUCUAAGUUCCUGCUCUGGUCCAGGAGGUGGCGCUAAUGCAGCAAAGAGUUGAUUACCAGCGGCCUCUGUCUUCUAUUACGUCCUCAGAGAGGCUUUCAAACACGGUGACUCCGCAGUCAGCGGCAUUGAGUAGAAACCUACUGACCAGACAAGAUGAGCGGAAGAGGCAAAGGAGGAAAAGGACUCGGGAAAGGAGGCGCCAAGCGGCACCGGAAAGUUCUCCGUGAUAACAUCCAGGGAAUCACCAAGCCCGCCAUCCGCCGCCUGGCUCGCCGCGGCGGAGUGAAGCGUAUCUCCGGUCUGAUCUACGAGGAGACCCGCGGUGUGUUGAAGGUGUUUCUGGAGAACGUGAUCCGUGACGCCGUCACCUACACCGAGCACGCCAAGAGGAAGACCGUGACCGCCAUGGACGUGGUGUACGCUCUCAAGAGGCAGGGCCGCACCCUGUACGGCUUCGGUGGUUAAAGUCCUUCACACCAGCACCACAACAC